UGCAAUGGGUGACAUGUACUUGCUAAGUGCAUUUCUUGUUUUCCAGGAAGAAGCGGCGGAAAGAGGACUGGCGAGUGCUGACAGCAAGAACACGAAGUUGAAAGUCGGUGCACUGCAAGGUUAGAGUGAAAAAAAAGUCGCAAAAUACCUCAGCAAAGCUCUGAGUUAUUUAGUACCGGAUAGUGCUUCACAUUAGAAAUUGUGGAACGGACUGUUUCAUACUUGGCUGGAGCAUUGACUAGCAAGAUGUGGACAGCUUCCGGAGAAACCUACUGCUGAAGGAGAGAGCAAGUGUUAAAAGAACACCGGGCUUAGAGAAUAUUUUGAUGUCCCAGCAGCAAAUGAAACAGUAGAAGCUUUGUACAGUUCACAACCCACACUGGAGAUGAAAAUGCUAUUGCUAAUGACUUCAGGAAGGAUUUAAAAAACAGUUGACAUUUCACAGCACAACAUCCAGGAUUACUGUUUGAAUGGUCAUCCUAAAACUUGGAAGAUGAUACAUUGUGGUGAUGCACCAUUCAAAUCUACACAGAAAUCCCCUUCAGAAAUAUCAGUAAACCAUCAGGCACUGCUUAAUAAUCCAAAAUGAGUGGUACUGUCAUCAAUCUUGGCCACAACAUCAGGAGAUCUUCAAUGCAGACAGACAGUGGAGUUAUUUCAGAUUCAUCUGAUAACAAGAUUGAGCUAUGUUCAAAUAGUUCAAAGGAGCUGAAAAGAAGAAAGAAUACAGGUAGGCCUGAAGUAGGGCAGACACCCAACGUCAGAUCUAACCAAGGGGGAGAUUACUCCGAUCCACAGAUAACUGAAGGAAAUGGCACAGAGAGACAAAGCCCUGCUGCAUUGGAUUUCACACAUGGUUUAUCCACCCCAAGGCUUUUAAUAAUCUGUGAUAAAGUUAAACUUUGUUCUGAUGUUACAGAGGUGUCGUGGCCACACGUGACUGUAGUGAAUUACGUAUAUGAGUCCUCCACACUGGACUCUAUCCUAGCGCAGAUUGCUGAGGCUUUAAGUGGAAAGAAAGUCAUAUCCAUCGCCUUCAUUCUCCAUAAUCAACAAGAUGCAGUUCACAUCUGUGGUGCUGGAGAAACCCAGACACUUACACCAGCUUCAGUGCAUGAUCAUAUGGCCCUGCGCAGGUUUUUCAAUAACCUGGUGACCUGGCAUUUGGAUGUAGAGAAAUCAAAUGCCAGCAUGGAUUUUCUGGGUUGUACUGCUUUAGCGACUGCUGACCUGGAGGCGAUCAAGAGGGAAUUGAAAACUGUGACAGGUGUUCCUGUUACCAUGGCCAGAAACCUGCUGGGCACUCAGCUUCUGGCAGGUCCAAACCAGGUGCUGGAUGGGGUAAAGAUGCACGUGUUAGAUCUUUACUGUGAAAGUGAUAAACUGAAGCGGCCACACCCGCAAACAUUGGCAGAGUUUGAAAAGAUACACAUAGUAGGAAAAGGAGCCUAUGGGACUGCAGUCCUAUAUCGGAAAAAGGAUGACGAUUCACUGGUCAUAUUGAAGGAAAUCAAUAUGCAUGAACUAAACCACAUUGAGAGGCAGAGAGCAAUGAAUGAGGUGAAAGUGCUUUCAAUGUUGGACCACCCCAACAUAAUCAAUUACUAUGACAGCUUUGAAGAGGAUGGUGUGCUGAUGAUUGAAAUGGAGUAUGCAGACGGGGGCACACUGGCACAAUACUUGGCGCAGCAGGGUCAGGAGUUAGAAGAGCAGCAAAUUCUGAAUCUCUUUCAUCAGAUGGUGGCCGCGAUCUCUUACCUCCACAAACACAACGUGCUGCACCGAGAUCUCAAGACAGCAAACCUUUUCCUUACCAAGAAAGGCGAAGUGAAGCUUGGUGAUUUUGGGGUGGCCAAGGUGAUGACGACAGGAAGUGAAGCACAUACAAUCUUGGGUACUCCCUUUUACAUCUCCCCAGAGAUAUGUGAGGGAAAAUGUUACAAUGACAAAUCAGAUAUCUGGUCACUUGGUUGUAUUCUUUACGAGAUGGCAUGCCGUCAACGCACAUUUGAAGGAACUAAUUUGCCAGCAGUGGUGAAUAAAAUCAUGAAGGGCCAAUUUGCUCCAAUCACUGAUAAAUACAGUGCUGAGUUUAAAGCCCUUGUGAUGGACAUGUUACAAAAGGAGCCUCAGUAUCGGCCUUCUGCUCAUGAGCUGUUACAUCUUCGCCUCCCUGAAGUGAUGGCAAAGUACAAAGAAACUCCAGAGUAUGAGGAAGAGCCAGAGACAGGCUUUCAACACAAGCUGAGUCAAAAGCGAAAUAGUCACACAAUUCUUUAUUAUUUAUACAUGCGUGAUCUGGAACUUCGCCCCAUUGAAGGACUGCCUACAAAGAUUAAAAUUAGACAGGUCGCUGUGACUGAUAGUCAUAUGAUAGCUGUUGCAGUGGAGAGAGCAGUGUACACAUGGGGAAGCAAUACGAAAGGCCAGCUCGGUCACGGGGACUUGCAAUCACGUUCAAGACCUCAGCUGGUGGAAGCGCUCAAAGGAAAGUUUAUUGUCAGGGCCUGUUGUGGCGAUGGAUUCAGUGUGUUUCUCAGUGAUAAUGGAAUUGUAAUGACUUCUGGAGAUGGAGCCCAAGGCUGCCUUGGGCAUGGGGACCACUUUAGUACCUCCAGGCCUUGUUUGAUUGAAGCUCUACUCAGUGUCAAUGUUAGGAUCAUUGCGUGUGGCCUGCAACAUGUGUUGUGUGUCACUGGUGAAGGUAAGGUGUUUGCGUGGGGGAAUGGAAAAUAUGGUAAACUGGGACUUGGGAAUGAUGAUGACCACUGCUCACCAAUGGAGGUAUCGUUUGAGAAGCAGAUCUUUGUAAGGGAUGUAAAGUGUGGUGUGGACGGUACCAUGUUCUUAACAGAUGCCGAUAGCGUGCUGGCUUGCGGUAAUAAUCAGUACAAUAAACUGGGUUUGAAUGAGAGACGGGGCCUCCUUAUGCAAAUGACUUUGCUGUUUGCCAGAACUGAUGUUGAAGAAAGGAAGCUUCCCACAGUCGUGAAAGCACUAAGGAACCACCGGGUGAAAGAUGCUAUCCUGGGCCCCUCUCACAGCAUUGUACUUGUGGAGCCUGGAAAUAUUUAUACCUUUGGGAGGAAUACAGAAGGACAGCUGGGGACUGGCAACACUAAGCCUUACAAAAUGCCAAUGCACGUAAAACAACUCCAACAUAGAACUAUCACUAUAAUCAGCUGUGGAGAGACAUUCAGUAUUGUUGGGACUGAUGAUAAUAAAAUUCUCUUCUGGGGCACCAAGUACAAAUCAAUACAAUCUUCAAACCCAUCAGUUAUGACCACGCCAUCUCAGACAGCUACAAAUGUAUCCAAAGAUGCCAUCUGCCCAACAUCACCACACCCUGUUGAAAAUGAGGAGCCCAUUACUGGGACUGUGAGCCAUAACGACAGUAAGAAACAUCCUGAAAAUGCAAAGCAGCUUGUUGGAAUCAGUGCAGUAAUGGGAAGAAACCAAUUCAGAGAGGAUGAAAUAGAUGCACCAGGAUCACCUUUACUAAACUCCAAAGCACAGAAAGACGUUAAUCGCUCCAAACAAGAUUCUUUGGGGGGAGACCAGACAUUUAGCGGUAUGACAUCAGUUAAAGAUCAAACAGAAGCCAGUAGUGGGAGCUGUAUGUCAGAAUGCAAGGAUACCCAGGAAUCCAGCAGCAUGACAGCAUAUUCCUUUGGGAGUGAGAGUAAUCUUCAGGACCAAGAAAGCAGCCAACAACUAAUCCCGGUUCCUAUCAUCAGCUUGAAAGAAGUUCUGGAGGACCACCCUGAUGUGCAUGCUUUUCUUCGGAAUAUUAUCUGUAAUAAGGAGAGCAUCUAUGUCCUGGUGGAGAACACUGAUCCACCAUGCUACAGGCAUACAAAGAGAUAUCGCAGCCUUCGCAAACGUGGAAACCGUGAGGAUCCAGGACUAAAGCAAGGGCGCAUUCUUCAAUAUUCCCAUUCCAGCAAUGAAGCUGGUGAUGAGUACACAAGCUCGGAGAUGUCUGAGUUAGAGACCAGUCGGUUUGUCCCAACAUGGAUAAGAAAUGAACUCAAUGAGGCAACAACCCUUGAAGCAGCCAGCAGUGAAAAGGGCAGUGCAACAGACACUGUCAUGGCCUUGGCCAGCAGAAGUGUAACAGGCGCGCAGUGUUUAGAGAGUCCAGUGACAACGAUGAGCAAAACCAGCUCAGAAGAAGCAAACGUACAAGUUACGAAGGAGGUGUUCGGAGGGGCAAAAAAGACAAGUGGGAGCCGCGAUGGAGAGAAACAUGGCCAUACAUCCACAUCAGGCAGCUCUGAUGGGCAGCUGAUGCCAAGCAAACAGAAGAUCACCAGGAAUAUUGAAAAACACAGGGAACCUGUGCAAGAUUUUGUGGCAUCCGCACGUCAGUGCAGGCAUUAUCGGACAGAAUUGGGCACGGGCUUCCUCUCUUCUCCGAGCUCCACCAAUCCAGUCACAGUUUGUGGGAGGACUGAUUCUGAAUCUCCUUGGAAAUCAGGAAUGCUGAGAACUCCAGGAACUGGAAAUCAGAGAUCACCUAAUAGACUACGUCUGGGCAGAGGACACACCAAGUGUCGAGCUACCUGGAUGAAUGCAGAAAUAUCUGCUGUGACAAGCUCCAAGUACUAUCACCAUCCUGCUCUGCCCACGUCACCUCUUUCAAAGAACAAGGUUGCUGAGUUGGCCAGAGAGGUGAAGGGAAAUAAGCGGAUUGAAGGCAGAAGAGAGCCACAAGAGGCAAAUCAUAAUAGUCUGCACCUCCUGGAGGAACAGCAGCGACUUGCACUGGAGCGAGAAGCCAGACUUCAGACAGAGAUAGACAAGCUGUACAAGGAACUGAAAGAGCAGAAACAACUCCUUAAACAGAACUCUGAUGUAAUGCAGCAGCUACAACAACAGCUGCUGAAGGUGCAGUCUCAGCAAUUCCAGGGCAGUGCCCAAACUGACUAUGAGCAAGGAAACAAAGCCACUACAAAACCAGAAAGUAGAAUCUGCGCGGUGAUGUAAAGGGGGGUUUGGAACCGGAGUGUAUCCCAGGCAGACCGGAUUGGCCGGAGACAGUUCUCAAAUGUGAGCGGCUGUGAUCUGAAACACACACAAAAAAAGCUUCUGACCUGUUGCCAUGGUGAUUGUGCUUUCAAGGGACUCUCUCCACAAAUGGCUAAGAUGAAAAGGACCUAUUUGACUUCUAGCCCCAUUCUCCCUCCCACCCUUCCCCCUGGCCCCACUCCUUAGCUCUUUGAAGUGGCCGUGAAGCCCACCCGGGAGAGACUGGGCGGCAGCUGCUGUUGGGGAUGGAGCAUUCCCUGUGUUAAAGCACCUGAACCAACUCAGUCAAGGGUUGAAGUUCAAAUGAAACUCAAGUAGCUCUAGGUCAAAAUGCCUUGAGGUAUUCAGGGCGGUGCUGUGAUUUCCUGAUUUGAGUUGCUUUUCCCUUGAGAUUGAGAGAAAGUAUAACGGUGGGGGUUACCCUGCUCACUUUUCUCACUCAGCUCCACAUCCCAUACCUAUUUAACAGAGUUAAUGUUGACUGUGCUGGCAAGAUUGUUUUCAUGAAAUUGACAAAUUAAUAAACUUUAAUGUAAAAUUCACAACUAAAUCUAAGAUAGAGCACAGGGCCAGGACCCAGCAAAUUUACAAUAGAUUCUUUACAGUUGAUGGAGACUGAUAAUUAUGGGAUGUGUAAUUGUAUCCAGUAACAGAUGGAGACAAAUGACUAUGGUAUGUGUAUAAUGGUGUGGUAUAACUGACUGAGUGUAACAAUUGAGAUGUAUAUAGUGUGCCAUAAACUGACGGUGUUGACAAAAGUAUAUUAAAGGAUAUAAAAUCAA